GGGGGGGGGGGGGAGAGAGAGAGAGAGAGAGAGAGAGAGAGAGAGAGAGAGAGAGAGAGAGAGAGAGAGAGAGAGAGAGAGAGAGAGAGAGAGAGAGAGAGAGAGAGAGAGAGAGAGAGAGAAUGGAACUCCGGAGUCCUUAUAGAGAGACGUGGAGAAGUUAAAUGUGUAGUCAGAGUGAGAGAGAGAGAGAUCAGUGGAGGUGUGUGCAAUCGGAACACACACACACACACACACACACACACACAUUACAGCAGUGUUUAAGGAUUCAGCAGUGUGGGACUGAACAGAAACACAGGAUUCCAGCUGAGAGAUACAGAGAUGCAGACGUUUGUGAAAGGGAAGCGAGUGGGCUACUGGCUCAGCGAGAAGAAGAUCAAGAAGUUGAACUUCCAGUUUUUCAUCGACAUGUGCAGCUGGAUCUCAGCAGGCCGUUGGAGGAUCAGGGCCCUCUGGACGCCAUCAUCCACAAACUGACGGACCACAUCGUGGAAGCCGAUCAGAACGUCAGCGAGGCUCAGAGACUGGUCCAGAGUGUGCAGGAGUACAUCGACGCUCACCCAGGGACCGUGAUCCUGGAUCCUCUUCCUGGUAUCCGCACGCUGCUCGACCGCUUCAAGUCCUACACGCUGAUCCACAAAAUGGAGGAGUGCAUGAAGGAUGAGAGGAUCUGCUCUCCUCCGUUCCUGGUGCUCAGCAGUGGGUGUGGCCCUGACAUGCUAGAGCAGCUGCGUAAGAGAGACAUCACCUUCCCCUUCAUGUGUAAGACUCAGGUAGCGCAUGGUGUGAACUCUCAUGAGAUGGCCAUCAUCUUCAGUGAGGAAGACCUGAAGGAUAUCACACCCCCCUGUGUGGUACAGAGCUUCAUCAACCACAACGCCAUGCUCUACAAGGUGUUCGUUGUGGGUGAGGCGUACAGCGUGGUGGAGAGACCCUCCAUUAGGAACUUCCCCUCUGGACCUACAGACAGAAGAGCGAUAUCCUUUAACAGUCAUCACGUGUCCAAGCCCGAGUCAUCAUCAGACCUCACCUCUCGGGAGAACCUGGAGGGUCAGUGCAGGACGCCUAGUGAUGAUGUCAUCCAGAAGAUUUCCAGAUGUUUGAGACAGACUCUUGGUGUGUCGCUGUUUGGGAUUGACAUCAUCAUCAACAACCAGACAGGACAGCACGCCGUCAUCGACAUCAACGCCUUUCCAGGUUAUGAAGGAGUCCCGACGUUCUUCGAUGACCUGCUGACUCACCUGACCGGCAUCCUGCAGGGCCACGCCCCCCUCCGAGCCAACGGCGUGAGCCAGCUGCCCUGCGGUAUGCUGGGAAACGAGAGCGUUGGCUGGAAGAUGGACAGCGAGGUGAUGAAGAAGGGUUCUCAUCAGACUCUGAACUGCUGCAACGCUGAACUGGGUUCCGCCUACCACCAGCACCGGCGUUCUCCGCUCGCAGCCCACGCCUCCACGCAGUGACCCUGUUUAACCCCUUCCUGACCACUCGCAUCACUUCCUGUAGUGCCUGCACACGUCUAAUGACCAAAGACAUGCUGAUUUAUUUUUGUGUGUGUGUGUGUGUGUGUGUGUGUGUGUGUGUGUGUGUGUUAAGGUCGAAGAGGAAAAGAACAAAUCAACAUCCUAGCCAAGUGAUUCAGCUGCUCUGCUUUUUCAGGAACUGGACUUUGUUUACUGUUCCGUGCCUUCAGGAUGCGUGAGAAAUCAUUUUAAAGAGAGAGAGGCGGAUGAAGACGAGGGGAUUGUAUCGAUUUAGGCAAAACAGCUGCUUGAGGAGCGCACAGCCCUUUCUCCUCUUUGUGCCUAGGUUACAAGUCAGGACAGAAAAUUGUUUUCACACCUUUUCGGAAAAAAAAGUGCCUUUUUGGCAAAAACAAUAACAACGACGACGACGACGACGACGACAGCUCACAUGAUGCACCCGCUGUAACCAUGACAACACUCCCACUAGCUAGAGUCCUAGUUAGUAUAGGCUAACUAGCCAUUCAUUACUGUUGUAACAGUAAUAAUAAUAAAUAUUAGAUUUCAUUUUCAUCAUUAUUGGACCGCGGGUGAGGAGCAGGAAGCGUGUCCGAGCGCUGUAUCUGGAGACAGGAAGCUGCUUGUGCGAAUGCUGUAUAGUCAAAACUGAUGAGUAAGAGCAACUCGUCGUUCAUGUUUCUCCUCAUCACGCAGUCGACGUUUAUAAAUAAACUCAAAUGAAACACGAACCUACAAGAAAACCUCCCGCUGAUACAAACGCGUCCCUGACGACUCGGCUGCUGGUGACGUUUUAUUUAUCUUUAGUUCGUCUGAACUAGCGACGUGUAUUUAAAGAUGAAGCACGCAAACGUUACCUCACGACGCAGAUUCUCAAACUUUUCUGCCGCUUCAGCAGCUGGAGCAGGAUCUUACGUCUCAACGUGAUCUCCACAUGUUCCCCACUGUCACGGCCGAUCUCAUCAGAAUCGCCGAUUUUAGCGUGAAGCGUGUACGAGUCGACGGUUUCUGCCGCCGUCGAUUCGUACUUAUUCACAGUAGCGGUAGGGCUCGGCAUUUGAUCUGUGGACUCGACCAGUCGAACACACCCCUCUGUGGCGCGCGGCGUUAGCGCUGUUGGUUUAAGAUGUGCACUUUGCUAGCUGUUUCAUUUUCUGAGGUAAAAACGGAUAUUAAUGAAAAUUCAAAACCUUUCCGCAAACUACACGAACACGAGCGCUGUAGCCGAGAUCAGUGAGAGAUUAGCGACUCCACAGCAGCAGCGAUAUGAAUUAGCGGCUAGCAGCAGGUGAUGAUGAUGAUGAUGAUGAUGAUGAUGAUGAUGAUAAACCCCCAGUGGUAGCACCUACCUUCAGCGUGUCCUUAAAGACACACGUUAUUGAAUAAAGGAGGUGUAGGAACGCUCUUUACUUACUUUAAUAACGAUGUUUAUGUUGUGCCAAUUUUGUACGUCCUUUAAAUGAAAUGUUUUGUACUGGACUGGAUCGUUUCCUGAGUCCUGGUCCUUACUAACUGCCUGGUUCUAGUCACUCCGGUUUAAAUUAGGAUACUAGUUCGUCUACGGUUUAGGCCACGCCCACUUUGGGUUAACUCCAGAUACAGAUAUGGAUAUUGGGAGCACUUGACAGAGACAGAUCCCCUGCGUGGCACUGUGUUACACCGCUACUAUAUACAGUAUACAGAAAUACGAUUGAAAUCAACUCAUUAUGAAUUAUCUUCAUUUGCACGAAAGGUUUGGGUGAUAAUCUGUGUGUGUGUGUGUGUGUGUGUGUGUGUGUGUGUGUGUGUGUGUGUGUGGCGGUGUGUGUGUGUGGCGGUGUGGACAAUCAGAACCACCUCUCACACCCUAUCUUUAUUCUUUUAAAUAUGGCUUUAAAAAUGUAAAUAUGAAAAUGGAUAUUUUCACUGUGGGGUUUUAAACACUGGUGUAUAAUUGAGUGCGCGCGCGCGUGUGUGUGUGUGCGUGUGUGUGUGUGAUAUUUGUACAUACUGUAAACACUGUCUCUAUUUGUGUACAUGUUGUUGUGCCACAUAUAAAGAACAGAGACGACAUGAUGACGUCACGUUGUGUAGAAAUGGAAUAAAACGGGUGUGGAGAAUAAACAAGGCCAUUGUGAAGGUGUUAGUGGAC